AUGGCAACCAUUUCAGGAGAUGACGGUCCUACUGCACCUGCCCCUCCUGUAGUCAAUGACCCAAACUCCACCCCCGCGACCAAUGAGGAAAAGCCUCUACCCAAACUCUCCGCAUCCGAGUUUCGCCAGUAUAACAGAAUGGCGGAGCACAUGAACUAUUUCCACGAUAACUUCAGAGCGACGUGGAAAGUUCUAUACGGAGCGUGUGAAGCACAGAAGAGGCCCAAGAACAUGUCCAUCCGCCAAUUCAUUAGCAUGGGCCAGCAAUUCUGCCAUCACCUCACAGUGCACCACACAAUAGAAGAGCAGCACAUCUUCCCCGUCCUGGCCAAGAAGAUGCCUGCCUUCAAGAAAGAACUCGAGCUUCUCACCCAGCACAAGCAGAUCCACAAGGGUCUCGAUAAGCUAGAAAAGUACCUCGAAGAGUGUGAAGGCGGAGAGCGGGAGUUGCGUUUGGGAGAGUUGAAGGAGUUUUUCGAUUCGUUUGGCGAAGUUUUAUGGCAGCAUCUGGAUGAUGAGGUCAAGCAGUUGGAAGCCGAGAAUAUGAGGAAGUAUUGGAGUUUGGAUGAGAUGAGACGGAUUCCCAUGUAG